AUGGAUAUGGACGGAAAGCAAGCAAGUCAUGAUUGCUCGUUGUCGAAAGAGGUUGGAAUACCUUCAUCUUCUUGUCCAAGCAUAGACAACUUGCUAUGGAGUGGUCAUGCGUUGGGGCAUGGUUUAGGUGGAGUUGUUCUAAAAGUUGAAGAUGUUGAAGCUGUUCUUAAGUUAGAGGACUAUUUUAACAUAAGGAAUGAAGCAAACAAUCUGUUGAGCUUGACCAAAGCCAUUGUAACUAGAGCUCAAGUAGCCGAAAUGGGUGAUCGAGUUUGUGUGGAUCUCUGUAGCCUCAUGAAACCUGGUGAAGGACUUCUGGUUGGUUCCUUUGCUAGAGGACUAUUCCUUGUUCACUCAGAGUGCUUGGAGUCAAAUUACAUUGCAAGCAGGCCUUUCUGUGUUAAUGUGGUGGAAAUGGAUCAAGAAUCAUAUGCUAUUGAUGUAGAAUGGGGACCAGUACAUGCAUAUGUCUCAAUUCCAGGUGGAAGGACUAGCUAUCUUUCAGAGCUAAAAGCAGGUAAGGAAGUUGUGGUGGUUGAUCAGAAAGGGCAGCUGCGAACUGCAAUUGUUGGCCGUAUAAAGAUAGAAACUAGACCUCUUAUCCUUGUUGAAGCAAAGGCAUGCAUCACAUUUCUCUUGUCACGUAUUGUGGUUCCACUUGACUCAGCCUUGCUAGCAUCAGAAGGCAAGGCUUUGCUUGAGAGUGGAUGGUGGAGUAACUGCAGCAAUCUCCCUUCAGAUCAUUGCAGGUGGCCUGGUAUAGUUUGUAAUGAGGCUGGAAGCAUCAUUGGGAUUUCUCCACCUUCAAAGUUCCUCAAGGUGAGAACUAAGUUUGGGAAUAUGAACUUUUCUUGCUUCUCAAACCUUGUUCAUCUCGACCCGGCCAACCAUGAGCUCGGUGGAGGCAUCCCACCUCAAAUUUCUGUCCUUUCAAAACUCGGGUAUCUCAACCUCGUCCUUGAAUGGUCUAGCAGUUCUAUCCCUCCAAAAUUAGGCAAUCUUAAAAAUCUUGUUGUUUUGAACAUAUCCCACAAUGGCCUUUUCGGCACCAUCCCUUCAACACUUUGUCUCGGUAAUAAUAACCUUGUUGGUUCAAUUCCUUUGGAAAUAGGAAAUUUGGGGAAGCUUGAAGGGUUAGAUCUCGAAAUAGGAAAUUUGGGGAAGCUUAAAAAGUUAGAUCUCAAUCAUAAUAACCUUGUUGAUUCAAUUCCUUUGGAAAUAGGUCAUUUAGGGAAGCUUGAAGAGUUAGAUCUUAGUUACAAUAACCUUGUCGGUCUAAUUCCUCAAACAUUAGGUAGUUUAGUCAAGUUGAGGUCUUUACGUCUUCCUCACAACGGAAUCAAUGGAUCCAUCCCUUUAGAAAUAAGAAAUUUGACAAUGCUUGAAAAGUUAGAUCUCGAUUACAAUAAUCUUGUUGGUCCUAUUCCUUCCACAUUGGAUUGUUUAUCCAAUUUGAGUUUUUUAGACCUUUCUAGCAACAACUUAAGUGCGGAGAUACCUUCUCAACUAUAUAACUUGUCGUUACGUCAAGUGUUAGAUCCACGUCUAUCACCUCCAAGAAAUGAAAUUCUCCAACAAAAUAUAAUUGUUAUUGUUGCUCUAGCAUUUUCCCGCAUCUAUGCUAAGCCAAAAUCACGACCUUCCAUGAAAUUUGUGUCUCAAGAAUUUCUAUCUCCCGAUAGAGCUUCAUCGGUCGGUUCUUUUUAUGAGAUUUCUUUGCUAGAGUUGCAAAGUCUUGGCAUGCAAUAUCUAACAAGUGAGACACGAUCACAUAUGCCAUAUCAUCAAGAUGAGAGCCUCAUUGAGGUGUCAAAUUUGACCUACUCGUUGAACUUCAAGGAGAGGUUCUAA